GGAGCAGCAUGGUCCCGCUGGCAGAGCCCACCUUCCGAAGCGGCUGCGGUCCUGGGCCCCAGGCUCCCGGAAGUGCUUCCCCGCGAUCCGGAAGCGAUUCUUCGGGCCUCGAGCGCCCUCCCCGUCGUUUUCCGGGAGAGACGUAGAGCUGAGCGACCGAGGCCGCGAGCUGGGUGAGAUGCCGGUGGCCGUGGGUCCCUACGGACAGUCCCAGCCAAGCUGCUUCGACCGCGUCAAGAUGGGCUUCGUGAUGGGUUGCGCCGUGGGCAUGGCGGCCGGGGCGCUCUUCGGCACCUUUUCCUGUCUCAGGAUCGGAAUGCGGGGUCGAGAGCUGAUGGGCGGCAUUGGGAAAACCAUGAUGCAGAGUGGCGGCACGUUUGGCACAUUCAUGGCCAUUGGGAUGGGCAUCCGAUGCUAACCAUGGUUGCCCACUACAUCUAUCCCUUCCCAUCCAUCCCAGCCCACGUACUAAUAAAAGAAAGUCUUUGAGUA